AUGACCCCACCGCUGUCCAUCAACGACUCAUCGCGCCUCAGUCCGCGACUUGUUCCACCCGGAAAAGAUGAUUAUACCUCGCCCAUUAUGCCGCCAUCCGACCGGCGCAAGCGGAACAAGCAGCCCACUCGCCCAAAGAUACGAGGAUGCUACAAUUGCUCGAGGCGCCGUGUGAGCUGCGACAGGGCAACUCCACAAUGCCAGAAGUGCCUCAACAGCGGCUUGCAAUGUUCUGGCCUCGGCCCGCGCAUCCGCUUCGUGCACGCCGUCGCUGACCGCGGGAAGCUCAAGACCACUCCAACCGCCGAAGAACCCGGCAUUCCAAGUGGUCCCCCCGCCCAUCUUCGCUUCGAGAACAGGGAAGAAUCUCGCCCUAGCCAAACAGAGCAGUCUGACCCCCCUGGCCCGGAACUCCAGCCCAUGGCCCUCGCACCUUGGGUACCUCAGUUUACCAUAUGCUACCCCCUCGACCACAUGAGUAGCACCGAGAGGUCUCUUCUUCACUAUUACGCUGAAAAAGUGGCACCCGUCAUGGUCACCAUUAACAAGCCCUUCAAUGGCUACCGCGACGUGAUACUACCCAUGACCGAGGCGAGCCCAAUGAUGCUCAACGCCGCCCUCGCUGCAGCCUCUCACCACCUCGCUGUCGUGCACCAGUCGAGCUACCGUCAAUCCGCUACUCGCUACUACACGGCUGCCAUCCGUGGACUGCGCCAUCAGCACCAGCAGUCAUUGAUCCGAGGAGCCGACGAAGCAGCCCCCUCCCCAAGCCGCGAUACCGCGCUUGAAACCAUCGCCACCACCCUUCUGCUCCUCGUCUGCGACAUGGUUGCUGCCGGUAGCGACUUCCAGUUCCUGUUCAGGAUGCUCACCCGACUGGUCGAGAUGGCCGGCGGCAGCGACGCCCUGUGCGCUGGUGGCGACCUAAACAACCUCUUCCUCGUACAACAAGUAAAGAAGUUAUCUUUCUAUGGCCAACCCUUUCUCCGCGAGGCUACCUCGACCUCUCUCGUUGUCACCGGCUUUGCUGGCGCCGUCGAGGCUUUCGUCGCCCAGAGUCGCGUCAAUCCGGAGCACGGAACCAUCUUUGCUCGGCUGAUCGCCCUCAUCGAACAGGCCCGUGACAUAUAUAUCCAUCGAGCCAUUGGCGAUCUACCUGCUCAAGCAAUGCACGCCCUGGUCGAACACUUCCUCGCCACUGCCGGCGACAUACCCGUCGCCUCGCCUGGUGGACACAGCCUUGUGUGGGCCUACUUCAUCGUCGCCGCCGAGAGCUCCGACCCGCGACAUCGGCACUUCUUUGUGGAAAAGCUGAGGGAGUUGUUCAGGGAGACAGGCUUCGCGAACGCACUAGGCGCCGUCCAGGAGCUGCAGAGGAUUUGGUCGAUUGCGGGCGAGGAGCGGUGGACGUACAUGUUGCCGACACUGGCACGAACCUUGGUCAUGUAA